UGGGGUUCCAGACAGGCGGCAGCUGCAGGCUGACUGGCCGCCUCGCUUAGGGGGAUGGACUGGCCACACAACCUGCUGUUUAUUCUUAUCAUCUCCAUCUUCCUGGGGCUGGGCCAGCUCCGAAACCCCAAAGGCAAGAGGAAGGGGCAAGGGCGACCAGGGACCCUGGCCACUGGACCUCACCAGGCACCACUGGACCUGGUGUCAUGGACAAAACCGUACAUCCGCAUGGAGGAGUAUGAGAGGAACCUCGGGGAGAUGGUGGUGCAGCUGAGAAACAGCUCCGAGUCAACCAGGAAGAAGUGUGAGGUCAACCUGCAGCUGUGGUUGUCCAACAAGAGGAGCCUGUCACCCUGGGGCUACAGUAUCAAUCACGACCCCAGCCGCAUCCCUGUGGACCUGCCGGAGGCACGAUGCCUAUGCCUGGGCUGCGUGAACCCUUUCACAAUGCAGGAAGACCGCAGCAUGGUGAGCGUGCCCGUGUUCAGCCAAGUGCCGGUCCGCCGCCGCCUCUGCCCGCCACCACCGCGCACCGGGCCCUGCCGCCAGCGCGCUGUCAUGGAGACGAUCGCAGUGGGCUGCACUUGCAUCUUCUGAACCCGGCCAAGCGGCCCGGUCCACCCGCAGGCCCAGA